CGGCCAUAAAACACCAUCUCUUCUGACUCCGCCGCAUCGUCUCCCCAAUCUUUUUGGCGGGAGAGCACCACAGCGCCGCCUCCACUUCCCGCGCAAUUCGCAAGAGAAGAGCCAUGGACGGCGGGUCCUCCACGGCGGCGAGGUCGUCGGCGGCGGAGAUGGAGGAGCACCAGAACUGGAAGAAGAACGCGCCGGUGCUCUACGACCUCGUCAUCUCCCAGCCGCUCGAGUGGCCGUCGCUCACCGUCCAGUGGCUCCCCUCCCACUCCCGGUCGCCGGGCUCCGCCCGCUCCCACCGCCUCGUCCUCGGCACCCACACCUCCGACGAGACGCCCAACCACCUCCUACUCGCCGACGCCGCCCUCCCGCUCCCGCCCCGCCUGGCGGCGGCGGCCGCGGCGGCGGGCGGUGCCGUCCCGGCCCCGUCCGUGUCCAUCUCCCGCUCGGUGCCGCACAAGGGCGAGGUCAACCGCGCCCGCUGCAUGCCGCAGAGGCCGUACACGGUGGCUACCAAGACCUGCGUGGAUGAGGUGCACGUGUACCAUCUUGGCGACGGCGGCGAGAAGGGCGGCGCCGAUGUGGUGCUCAGGGGGCAUGAAGCGGAGGGGUAUGGGCUGGCGUGGAGUCCGAUGAAGGAGGGGUUGCUGCUGAGCGGCUCGUAUGAUAAGAAGAUUUGCCUUUGGGAUCUCGCUGCUGGGAGUGGAGCUUCGUCUCUGGAUGCACAUCAUGUGUUCGAGGCUCAUGACGAUGUUGUUGAAGAUGUUGCAUGGCACCUGAAAGAUGAAAACCUAUUUGGAUCUGCUGGGGAUGACUGCAAGCUGAUGAUGUGGGACUUGCGUACUAAUAAACCAGGACAAUCUAUAGUAGCACACCAAAAAGAAGUAAACUCUUUGUCCUUCAAUCCGUUUAAUGAGUGGAUCUUGGCUUCAGCAUCUGGAGAUGCAACUAUUAAGCUAUUUGACUUGCGAAAACUGUCAAGAAGCCUGCAUGUAUUCGACAGCCAUGAGGGAGAGGUUUUUCAGGUUGAGUGGAAUCCUAAUUUGGAGACUGUGUUAGCAUCCUCAGCUGCAGACAAAAGGGUGAUGAUAUGGGAUGUUAGCAGGAUCGGAGACGAGCAGGCAGAGGAGGAUGCAAACGAUGGUCCACCGGAGCUGCUGUUCGUGCAUGGAGGCCACACAGCCAAGAUAUCAGAGUUGUCGUGGAACCCCACCCAGAAAUGGGUCAUGGCCAGCGUGGCCGAGGAUAACAUCCUGCAGAUCUGGGAGAUGGCAGAAAGCAUAUACUGUGAUGACAAUUAUCUCCAUGACAAUGAUGAUGACUCGUGCCCAGCCACAUAAGGACCUGGCCAACUUCCCUAUUCUGUUUCUGUUGCGUCUUUGGAUAGCUUGGUUGGAUUGAUCAUAUAUUCAGUUAGUAACCUCUAGUAGGCUUUGAGAUGCUGUUGUUUAAUCAGCUUUCGUUUUCGUUUGACACCUCCAAUCCAAGGAUGGAACAUCUUGAUGUAGAAUGUCCAACUAUUUACUACUGUAUGCCUUGCCUUGCCUCCACUAAUUGAUCUUUGGCCUGGUUGCUGUC